CGUCGGACUGCAAUCAACUGGUUGUCCUCAAAAAUACACGCAGGACGUUUUUCUUUUGGUGUGUGGAGUUUGUUUGUGUUCUCCAAAAUGGCCAGCAAAGGGAAAGGAAAAGGAAAAGGCAAAGGCAAAGGCAAAGGCAAGAAAGCAGAAGUCAAUGAAAACACGCCCCUGACCGAAAUGUCGGAAGAGCAGCUGAUGGAGCGCGUCACCAAGAUUACCGAGGAGCUGGUCCGCAUCCAAGACGAGAAGAAUAAUUUCCGUCUCAUGCGGGACCAGGUCAAAGCCUUCUGGGAGAUCUCCAAGCAGAAGCUCCAAGACGUGAAGGACAAGCUCCGCGAGGGCAGCAUCGUGCGUGACGAGGCCAAGAUGCGCCACCGGAUGAAGGUGGCCAAGUACCAGCAGAAAGUUCGGCACCUGGAGUCGGAGUGCCACACCAACGUUUCGCAUUUGAAGCUCGACGGGGCCGGCUUCUCCACCAUCAACGACAACAAGCGCUUCGAGAUGGAGCAAGGGGCGCUGAAUGAGAUCCGAAGCCUGCAGGUGGACCUGAGCGAAAAAGAGCUCUACAGCCAAAACCACAUCGAACAGCUCAAGUUCGAUCACGCGUCCAAAUUGGUGGACAUCAUGGUCCCGCACGACUGGAGGAAGGUGGAGCUGGAGGCCAAGCACAACGCCAUGAUCCUCCCCAUGUUCGAGGAGUCCGAGAAAAGGCUGGAAGCCGAGAUCUACGUCCUGGACACCCAAAUGCAAAUCCGUCUGGAGUCCUUGAAGAAAGAGCACGACGGCGCCUUCCGCCAGGCGCUCAAGCGAAGCUGGGAGUUCUACCAAGCGCACAUGGAGGAGAUUUCCCUCCUGGAGAAGCAGCUCACCACGCUGAUGUGCCAGGGCGUGGUGCGGCAGCUGUCCUCCAUCCAGAAGCAGCCGUCGUGCCCGCAGGAGAACCUCCAGCAGGACAAGAAAAAACUGCAGGAGCUCCAGAAGCAGCUGGAGAAGCACAAUGAGGACAAGGCCCAGCGUGAGGCCAGCGACGGUCGCCUCCGGAUCCUGGAGGAGGAACUGGAGGAGCUCUCCAUCAAGCACAGCUCCCUUAUGGAGGAGCUGGAGCGCAAGGAGCUGGAGCACGAAAAUCUACUCCGGAGCCACGCCGCAGGUCUUCUGGACGCCCAGCACCGCAACGGGUUGAGGACGAGGCAGUUGAAGCUGAAGCUGCAAGCCGCUACCGAAACGCUGGAAAAGCUUGAAAAGAGUCUGAGUGCAGAACGCUGACUUGGAAGACCGCCUUCACCGCUCGGCGGGCGGGUCCGGCGGUCCGUGCCGACCCGGAGCUGGAAAAGUGCUCAGUUUACGAUCCGAGCUGGGUUCUCAAGCUUUGUUUUGAGUGACAGGACGAUUUGCGGACAGAAGCGAUGGAACACAGGAGCCGUGUCAUCUGGGAGCGUCGUUUUCCUCUACGUCGCAUCAACGACUAAUUCGCG